GACCUUUGAGAAUUCAUUUAUUAUUUAAAUAAUACACUAUAACGCAUGUUACCUUGAGAUAAACCACUUUCAGUGCUUUGCGUAUACUCGUGCCUUAUAAUACGCGUGGUUUUAGUACAAAAAUAAAAUUCAAAUUAAAGAAAAUCUCACAAUAUGAAGGCGCAUAAGAGUAGUACAAAGAGAAUUAUAAUAUAUAUGGAAAAGUAGUUGGUAGUUUAAACUUAGAACACCAAUACUGAGGUAUUAAGUUCUCUUUGCACGUCUAAAAAUGCGAAAAAAAUAAUUAAAUUAUAAUAAGCAAAGAGUAUGUACAACAGAGAACGCACUGAUUUGAAUGACACUGGCCGCACAAUCGCCAUUGGCAACAAUUGUGUCAACAAGAGUUUUUUGUUUACAAGUGGACAUUUACGACAUAUUUCAAGUUCGCAACGUUAUGUGACAAGAAUAAUAGUGUAAUUAUGGGGAAUUGUUGGCCCCGCGUGCUUCGCCGAAGUAAGAUUCGCCGCCAUAUUGUACUCAUACUAAUAGGUUUAGACAACGCGGGAAAAACUAAAACUGUUAACAACUUGGCCGGAGACAAAGAUGACAAGGUCCUGCCGACUGUUGGGUUCAAAGCUGUGAAUCUUGUGCAUAAAGACACGCCGGUAACCAUCUAUGAUUUGGGAGGAGGGCCGCAUUUCCGCCAAAUUUGGUCGCAAUAUUACAGCGAAGUACAUGGAGUGAUAUUUGUGAUCGAUUCUAGUGAUUUUACACGGUUGGAUGAAUGCAGAACGGUGCUCGAGGAGGUGUUAUCGCACGAUAAAAUAUCAGGAAAGCCAGUGUUGGUGCUAGCGAACAAACAAGACAAGACCGGAGCACUGGAUGACAUCGAUGUUGUAGACAAGUUGAACAUAGAACCGCUGGUUAAUAAGUACAGAUGUCCGACUCUAGUAGAGUCCUACAGUGCCAACACGGAUCCGAAGUCGAAAAAGCCGAAACUCGACCCCGGCUUGCGCAAAGGUUACCACUGGCUCCUCAACUACAUAAUCAGACGUUACGGAGACAUCAACCUGCGCGUACAAACAGACAUACACGCAGACCUAGAGCGUCGCAAGCGCAUGCUCCACAAAGCUUCUAACACCAACUCGCAAUCAUUCAACAGCGAUGACAUAGCAACUCAAACCGGCUUUGAAAAUCCGAAUUUCGUGUUACAAAAGGAUCCUGAGCUGAUUGUGGUGAAAGCCGCGGCUCCGAAGCCAAAUAGCAUCGACUCUACGAUAACUAUAGAGAGCGUGGACUCUGAGGUGACCAGUGGGAGUAAACCGAAGCUGUCUCCGCUGUUCGGGAGGGCGAGUAAUAGUUCUGCGACGGAGACUGCCAGGAUAGAGUUGGAGCCGCGGAACGAGUUUAGGAAGUUGUCGCCGAUAGUGAGGAACAAGAGCGGCGCGAACCAGCACAUUGACUUCAAGAUGCGGCCACAGUCGAGCCCCACUUUUAAGAAACAUAUUAAGACUGAACUGCCAAGCAAGAACUCGUCGAUCAUAGAGGACGACAAGACCGAGGGUGACGUACACUCGUACGUGGGCGACAGGAAUCGCACCUGGGACGGGCCGAUGGACAGGAAGCACAGGGUCUUGGUCAACGACGCCGAGCUGUCGCAGAUGCAUCGGGAGAUUGUUCUCACUGAACGAGAAUACAACAGCAAGACAGCGUACUCCGACGUGGCGCUGCAGGCGGCGAGCGGCGCGGUGAGCGGCGCGGCGAGCGCGCGGCCCGCCUCCGCCUCCGAGCUCGUGCGGCGCCAGCUCGAGCUCAGCGGACACCACAAGCGCCGCCUCAGUCUCAGAUACAUGCAACGUAAUAAGACGUCGCCGGAGCGCGUGUCGAUGUUGGUGUGCGAGCCGGGGCCCAAGGCGCCGCAGCGACACCUCGACAAGGGGGACUUCGAGCACCACGCCGCCGUCAACUGAUUGCAUUUCGGACGGUGGGAUGGUCAUCGCAUGGCGACAUUUAGAAGUAUAAUACCAUCAACAGGGUAUAGUUGUACAGUGGACAUUAUGUCCCGGAGAAAAUAUUUAUUUACCUGUAAAUAUGGGGGCAGUUGUGACCGCAUCAAUGAACGGAAAGAAAUUUAUUAGUCUCUAAUAGGUAUGUAAGAAUAUGUAAUAAUAAAAAAGCCACAAUAGUGGAUAGGAAUGAUAAAAAAGUCUUCGGAAAAGCCGGAUUAUUCGGUCAAUUGUUGGUAUUAGAGGAAUAAAUGAGAGUAUUGUUUUAGGAUACUCACCGCCGUGGAAAAUAUCUACGGAAAAGACGGCAGAGUAAGCCGGCAAGUCCGGUAAAACGUUAGUGCGUAUAAAAUGUGAUGGAAUGUAUUCUAAAUAAGUUUUAAUGUUUUCACAACUGCACCCCGUUAUAAUAAAAUAUCUUAGUUUUUAUUGCAAAGACCAUUUAGAAAAUAAUUAUUAGUUCAUAAAUAUAAUUAACUAUAAUGUAUGUAUGAGUGUAAGAAUUGUUUUUUAUAAAAUUUUGUUACUUUCAAAUGAAGUUACGAGUUUUGGACAAAAAAAUAUUUUGGCGCAGUUUAUUGCAAAUUUUGAAAUCUGUUUAUCCGCCUCGUUGGCUCUGUAACACUGUUUUAAUUAUAACUGGGGGUCCUGAGAUUGAUUUCCAGAUGAUAAGUUCUUUCCGUUCGAGAAAAUAUCGUGUAUUUUGACCAAGGAGACGUUAUUCCAUCAGAAUAUGGUUCAUAUGGAAAAUAAACACUAAAAACCCAUCUAAUUACAUAUCUCCCUUAAGGCUACAAAGGCCUGUAAUAAAAUUUGUAAUGCAAUAAAUAUUAAAAUGUAGGAUAAAUAAUUUAGUUUUG